GAAUGUUGUUUGUUUCAACUUUGUUUUUUUUUACAUUUGUCAAACAAGAUUUUAACCUAAAAUUGUUUGGUUUUGCCUUCAAAUACAGUGAGCAUUAGGGUUUUUGCCUUUCUCCCGGUUUCGUCGUUGGAACGAGUCAUAAAUUAUGCAGAGCAACUGUUGAAAUUCAGCCAAGUCCCAUUCACUCUACGCAGCAUGACAGAAGCGUGGCACCAGCUCUUCGAGCUGGUCAAAAACUUGAACCUCUUCCUGAACCAAAAGGGGAACAAUUCGAUAGAGUCCAAUGCAUUUGGGGAGCAGGAGAUGAGCAUUGACCAAGCCUCCUGCAGCAUGGUCUAUAGAACAGCCGGCCGGGCUAGCCAUCGUAAAAGGAAUCUGGCUGUCCACUUUGAUACGACCCAGCUGCAGCUACCGGAAGUCAUUAGGCCCCGUUACGUAUCGAGCACACGCUUGGCACUGCCAUCCAAAGGCAAAAGGAUAUCCACGCUCACACCCACCAAAUUAACCCGAAAGAAGAAACACAAUAUGAGCCCGCGCCAAUAGAUGCUGAUAAGUCUCAUAAAUAAACCAACAAUAAUCGGAA